UUCUUCGUGUUGUUCUUCUUUUUUUUUUUUUAAAUUUGCCUGGUCUUGCUUUGACCAUUCCAUUUAGCUGUAAAAUUAUUAAAAAAAAAAAAAAAUCUCUCCGGAGACUUGCCGCCAUCUCCAUUUGAGGCAGGUUCUCUGACCUUUCUCUCUUCAAAGUCAACAUCGAACUUCCUCUCUCUAAAUUUUCUCUUUCUGCGAUGUUUCUUUUCGAUCAUAAUCCGUUAAAUUUGCUUUAAUUUUGGUUGAUCAAUAUUGAUCCUCGCCAGAGUCGUAUCUUCCUCUUCUUUUGUUGUUGGUUUUCUCUGUUUCAUUGAAUUUUUGGAGGCACAUAACUUUGUCUGUGGAGAAGAAGAAAGUAACUGACUUAUUCAGAUGAGUUCAAAUACUGCAUCAUCAAGCAUCGACGGUGCUGGAUCCGGUGAUUCUGCAGCUCCAAGGAGGAUUUCAAAACGCCCCAAAUAUUCAAGGUUUACCCAGCAGGAGCUCCCGGCUUGCAAGCCAAUUCUCACUCCUCGAUGGGUGAUUUUAGCCUUUCUGCUUGUUGGCAUUGUCUUCAUUCCGAUUGGAGUUGUUUCCUUGUUUGCUUCUCAAGAUGUUGUUGAAAUUGUUAGCCGCUAUGAUAGUGAUUGUAUACCACAAAACUACCAAAAUGACCCAGUUGGGUACAUACAAAAUGCUGACAUAGACAAGACAUGCAACAAAACAUUGCAGGUAAUAAAGCUCAUGAAGCAGCCAAUCUAUGUCUAUUACCAGCUGGACAACUUUUACCAGAAUCAUCGCAGGUAUGUAAAGAGUAGAAAUGAUCAGCAAUUGAUAGAUGGAAGUAGUACAAGUGACAUAAGCAGUUGUAGCCCUGAAGCCUAUACAGAUGGCACAAACGCAAUUGUGCCUUGUGGUCUCAUAGCCUGGAGUUUGUUCAAUGACACCUAUAGUUUCUCCCGUACCAACACACAAUUGGAAGUGAACAAGAAGGGUAUCUCAUGGAAGAGUGAUAGAGACCACAAGUUUGGCAAAGACGUUUAUCCUCAAAACUUUCAAAAUGGGAGCUUGAUUGGUGGUAAAUCACUUGAUGCUUCUAUACCAUUAAGUGAGCAGGAAGACCUCAUUGUUUGGAUGCGUACUGCUGCCCUGCCAACUUUCAGAAAGUUGUAUGGGAAGAUAGAGGUGGAUCUUCAGCCAGGUGAUGUCAUAAAUGUCACUUUGGAAAACUCCUACAACACAUACAGUUUCAAUGGCAAAAAGAAGCUUGUCCUUUCAACAACUAGCUGGCUUGGUGGAAAGAAUGACUUCCUUGGCAUUGCAUAUCUUACUGUUGGUGGGCUGUGCCUCUUUUUGGCUUUUUCUUUCACUAUUAUCUAUCUCAUCAAGCCAAGGUAAUGUUUUUUGACAUGAAACAUUCUUGUUACCUCAUUAGGGCACAUUUUUUUUAUUCCAUUCAGCUUACUCUACAAAGGAUAUAGGGAAUAUAACUAGGGAACACAGAUUUAUGCCUUCUGCUGUCCUAACACUCAAGAGACUUGGUUAAAGUGAUAGGUGAAAUAAGUCCAAUUUAUUCCAUUUGUAUACAGUUUUGAAAUGAUUUGGUCAUGGGAUUUGAUUGUGGAAUCCCUGUGGCUUCACUAGAAUCAAAUCCAGCCAUGUAUCUUGUUUAUUUGCUGGAAAUGGAGUUAUCUGACUGUCAAGCAAUUUGUAUUUGGUUUGUCUGAUGUCAUUAUAUACUUUUUCAGGCGACUUGGAGAUCCAACUUAUCUGUCAUGGAACAGAAACCCUGGAGGACACUAAGUGAGAGCACUAUCCUGGCAAUCGAUGUACUUUUUGGUGUUAACAUUUAAAAUGGAAAACAUAUUGUUAAUAGAUAGCAAGUGACUAUUAUGAUACUUUUGGUGAAUUGAAUUGUGCUAAAACCAUACAUCAGUGAACUUAAGGCAGUGUGGUUUUGAUUUUUGAUUUUUUGUUUUCUUUUUUUAUAUAUUCAGUAAAUAAUACUAUAUUUAGAUU